GGGGGCAAUCAUGGUGCCGCUGGGGAGGGGAGAAGCUGCCGCUGCCGCUGUUGCCGGGAGCCGCGGAGACAGGUCAUUACCUUUUCAUUUCUCGCAACUGAGCUGAGCAAGAUUGAACCAUGGGGGAACACAGUCCAGACAACAACAUCAUCUACUUUGAGGCAGAGGAAGAUGACCUGACCCCCGAAGACAAGAUGCUCAGGUUUGUGGAUAAAAACGGACUGGUGCCUUCCUCAUCUGGAACUGUUUAUGAUAGGACAACUGUUCUUAUUGAGCAGGACCCUGGCACUUUGGAGGAUGAAGAUGAUGAUGGACAGUGUGGAGAACACUUGCCUUUUCUAGUAGGGGGUGAAGAGGGCUUUCACCUAAUAGAUCAUGAAGCGAUGUCCCAGGGUUAUGUGCAACACAUUAUCUCACCAGAUCAGAUUCAUUUAACGAUAAACCCUGGUUCCACACCCAUGCCAAGAAAUAUUGAAGGUGCGACCCUCACCCUUCAGUCGGAAUGUCCGGAAACAAAACGUAAAGAAGUAAAGCGGUACCAGUGCACCUUUGAGGGCUGUCCUCGCACCUACAGCACAGCAGGCAACCUGCGCACCCACCAGAAGACUCACCGAGGAGAGUACACCUUUGUCUGUAAUCAGGAGGGCUGUGGCAAGGCCUUCCUCACCUCCUACAGCCUCAGGAUCCACGUGCGAGUGCACACAAAGGAGAAGCCAUUUGAGUGUGACGUGCAGGGCUGUGAGAAGGCGUUCAACACACUGUACAGGCUGAAAGCACAUCAGAGGCUUCACACAGGGAAAACGUUUAACUGUGAAUCUGAAGGCUGCAGCAAGUACUUCACCACACUCAGUGAUCUGAGGAAGCACAUUCGAACCCAUACAGGAGAAAAGCCAUUUCGGUGUGAUCAUGAUGGCUGUGGGAAAGCAUUUGCAGCAAGCCACCACCUUAAAACUCAUGUCCGUACACAUACUGGUGAAAGACCUUUUUUCUGUCCCAGUAAUGGCUGUGAGAAAACAUUCAGCACUCAGUACAGUCUCAAAAGUCACAUGAAAGGUCAUGAUAACAAAGGACACUCUUACAAUGCACUUCCAAACCACAAUGGAUCAGAGGCGCAGGGCCAGGACCUCAGCACAGCUUCGCCUGUGAUCAUCUUCGCAUCAAUAUUCCAGGAUGCAGAUGACACAGCGAUUCAGGAAGAGCCUCAACAGACAGCUGCCUUGAUUGAAAGUUUUAAUGGUGAUGCAGAGUCAGUCAGCGAUGUUCCACCGUCCACAGGAAAUUCAGCAUCUUUAUCUCUUCCACUUGCACCACAGCCUGGCAUCUCUGAGCCACCCCAGCCUCUCCUAUCAGCCUCAGCAUCGUCUGCUCCUCCGCCUGCUCCCUCCCUAAGAACUGGUUCCCAGCAAGCUGCAUUUGGCAACCCCCCUGCUCUUUUACAACCUCCAGAAGUGCCUGUUCUCCACAGCACACAGUUUGCUGCUAAUCAUCAAGAGUUUCUUCCGCACCCCCAGGCACCACAACCCCUCGUACCUGGACUGUCUGUGGUUGGUGGGGCUUCUGCGACAGCAGCAGCAGUGGCAUCCGCUGUAGCAGCACCACCCCCGCCACAAAGUACUACUGAGCCCCUGCCAGCCAUGGUCCAGACUCUGCCCCUGGGUGCCAACUCUGUUCUAACUAAUAAUCCCACUAUAACCAUCACCCCUACUCCCAACACGGCUAUCCUACAGUCCAGCCUAGUCAUGGGAGAACAGAACUUACAAUGGAUAUUAAAUGGUGCCACCAGUUCGCCGCAAAACCAAGAACAAAUUCAGCAAGCAUCUAAAGUUGAGAAUGUGUUUUUUACCACUGCAGUACCAGUAGCCAGUAGCACAGGGAGCUCUGUACAGCAGAUUGGCCUCAGUGUUCCCGUCAUUAUCAUCAAGCAAGAGGAGGCCUGUCAGUGUCAGUGUGCUUGCCGGGACUCUGCCAAGGAGCGGGCAGCCAGCAGGAGAAAGGGCUGCUCUUCCUCACCCCCUCCAGAGCCCAGCUCCCAGCCUUCUGAAGGGCCCAGCCUGAAGCUACCGUCACAGACUUUCUCCUCUCCUAUGCCCCUCUCUCCAUCCUUCACCUCCACCGUGCCCUCUUCCUGUGAGCAAAGCAGACAAGCAGAGCCUCCUCCAGACCCCCAGACAGAAACGCUAAGUGCCAUGGAUAUGUCUGAGUUUCUGUCCCUCCAGAGCCUGGACACGCCGUCCAACUUGAUUCCUAUUGAAGCACUACUGCAGGGGGAGGAGGAGAUGGGCCUGGCCAGCAGCUUCUCCAAGUGAAAGGCCCAGAGGGGCUCACCUCUGGAAGAGGAUGAGUCGAAAGCGUAACGGGGUCAGCAGUCUGAAGGAUGAAGAAGUCUACUGUUUGGAAUCCUCACCUUUCCAAUGUGUUUUCUUUCUUCAUAUCCAGGAGCAUCCAUUUUAAAGAACUGAUCUUUGGGAAAAAAAUAACCAACAAAAAAAAAAACACAAAACAAACAAAAAAAGCUAAGUUAUAAAUGAACUAUUUGGCUGCACUGUAUGUCACUUUUGCUUAUUGUCAUGUGAAUUUGGAAAAUUAAGGUUACUCGUGCGCAUAAAAAUUCUAAAUGAAAGGGCGUGGUUUCCAUCAAUCUGAUGCUGCCCAUCACUUGCACUGGGGUCUUUGUGGUUUGGGCAGCGUAUUCGGAGUCGGGUACUGCUUCUUCCUGUCUGUCUUGAGUCCGAGGCUGAAGCUGGCUUGGAAAGUCGACCCUUGCUUCAUCAGAGAGGGCACUGCUAAGGCAGGUCAGGCUUCGGGGAGGCCGGACAGGGACUGGGUGAGGUGGUCGUGUCGUUUGUGCCUGGUGUCGGUGGAGCUCAGGGUGACUAUGGCAGUCUCUUUUCCAGCCUGCUUCAGCACAAGUGGGCCGCUGGAGCCCGGCCCAAGGCUGCAGGGUGAGCCGGUUCUGCAGUUGUUGACUGCUCUCUGGACGAAGCGCGGGCAGAGCAGGUUCUCCCACCAUGAUCACGGUCUGAACCCUCCUGACUCUACGGCUCAGUUACUGGCCAGGGCUUGUAGCUCAGUCACAGUGGAUACGCAUGGGGAACAUCUUGUUUUGUCCUAGAGUGGACACAUGGCUUAUGACCAGUGCUGGUUGGUGGUCUGCCUUUCUUUCAUAUUUUCUUCCUCAGAGCAGAGUUGCUGUAUUUUGCUUAGCAGGUGGUGAGGCUUUAAGGGAGUUGAAGGUGGCAUGUAAUUGGCAGGCCAAGUGUUUAGGUUCGGGCUAGACCCCUGGUUUCCCUGCCCCAUCUCCUCCACCUCUAACCCCACUGGAUUUUGCAUACAGCCUACUACAGUGCAAAGAAGGAUGUGACUUGUUCAGGUUAGUCAUGAUUUCUAAACAAAACAUAUAUAUAAAUAUAUAGAUAUAUAUAUUUAAAAAAAAAACACAAAACGAUGAUCUUCUACUCAGGGUAAAACAAAAAAAAAAAAUUCCCCUUCCACCAAAAAGCCUGAAAUGUUGCAAUAAGUUCUCUCAUUUGGAAUGUUUCAUUAAGUUGUGUUUUAGGGAAAAUAUGUUUUUGAUCUGUGUAUGGAAUUAUAUGUUCGCCUUUAGCUCCAAGUCAUUGCCUCUUAAAAUAAAACAUAAAAUACAAUCCACAUGAAAAUGUAAAGUUUCUCUCAUCUGGCUAUGUUACUGUAAUAGUGAGUGUUCACCGGACUCACUGAGCUCAGAAACUAGGCAUAGGCACGCCCCGGGUCUAGGCGAGGCCUCCGCCUUGAGCAAGGGCAGGGUUCCCUAGACAGGGCUGCUCUUCCCAGCCAAUGACAUCAGGCCAAAAGAAGCUCUCACUUGGCCUUUCUUUUCUACUCUCUAAUGUAAAGAGAUCUGCAUUUGUCACUCUCUGAGCCAUUACUCAGGGUCAGCCAACACAGUGUUCAGAGCAGAUCAUUUACUGCGGAGACAGUGGUUCUGCCUUUAUUCAGGGACAGACUUGGACAAGAGGACAGUGGUGAUAAUUGUUGUUACUGCCAGGAGGAGAAAUGGGCACAAGCAGCUGGUGGUUUCUCAUUCCUGGAGUCUAGUCAGGAGAUAAGAUUCUUCUUGCUCUUCUGCACUCCCUGCCCCCGAUGGCUGGGGGGUUCUGGCAACUAAAGUCCCAGGAAACCAUCUGCUGACCUUGGGUUGUCUUUGGCUAUCUCUGGACUUCACAUCCAUUGGAAGCUUUGAGGUAGGGCCCUCGCUGUUCUGAGAGCAAAGGACAGAAUGCGAUUCUCCACCUUAGCUCAUGUUGGAAGGCAGAAAUGCUCUCCCCCCAAAUUUUCAUUGUACUGUCACUUGGAUUGGGUUCUCUGGGAGCUGGCAAGGGAAGCAGGAGCCCAGAGAAGCCAUUGGAAGCACUGGCAGUGUAAAAUACUGCUUCUUCCAGGUUAGCCAGAGCUUAUGUGGGGACCUCCCCAGUGGCUUUUCUGCUCUCCAAAGAUCAGGGUGAUGAAGAAGCCUCUUAAAUCACUGUUUGGGCUGACAGGUUUUUCUAGUUGAAGUAUCUGCCUUUUGUGGGUGACUCAAGAUUUCAAGGAGACUAUUAAUUCAAAUCAGCUUUGGAAAAAUCAGGAACAUGUUGUAAAAUGCUAGUAAGGGCAAGUUUAUUCCACAGGGUAGUCUUUCUUUCCUCUUCCGGGACUCUUUCCCUCCCCUCCCUAUUCUGUUAACCUGACCCCUGGUGCCAAAGACCUUGGAAAAAGAAAGGGUCUGUGGCAGAACUGGAGCAAGAAUGAGCCUCUAUGAAAAGUUUAAGUUCCCAGACCCGGGGACUAGUGUAGGGCCAAGUUAGGAAAGCUCUGCAGACUUCUAGUGGGUGAGAGCAAGCCUUUCUUCCUCCCUAUGGUAACUUGUAGCCUCUUAACCCUGUGUAGUUUCCUAUUUCCAACUCCCACUAGCAUUGCCAGUUAGACUGCCCCUUUAAAGGGUGCUUGUCAAUACCAGGGGUUGGAAAUUCUUGGGCUCAGGGGCUCGUAGGGAAAGUUGGCUGGCGCUGCCAACUGCCUUAGUGAAUUUGACCCUUACAAGGCAGAGUGGGCAGGACAUUGUGGGGGAAGUGGUUCUGCUUUUCCUGGCAGAGUCUGGCCAGUCUCUGGGGGCAUCAGUUUUCCCAUGUGGCUGAGUGAUGAGACAAGGUGGUGUCACUUAUUAAAUUCUAACCCCUCUAGAAAGGAGAUCAUGGUACAAAACCCGGAGGGACCUUAGGUAUGAAGACCUCUCUGGAUAGAAGGCAAGGGACUUCUUUUCACCUCCUCUGGAAGAGCCAGAAGACUGGAGAGUUUUACAUUUCAGGGCAGUGGACUAAUGGGGAUAGUGGAGGGUGGGUAGUUUUUCUUGAAAGACUUUGUAUAAUGUUGAAUGUGUCCAAAGGGACAAGUUUGCAGAACCUCAUAUUGGUAUAUUAAAGAAAUAAUAAAAAAAAGCACUUUAGGUUAUUUUAUCUUUAACCCAAUUGCUGCAAUUUAUUUUGUGUAUGUAUGUAUGUGUGUGUGUGUUUGUGUGUGUGUGUGUGUACUUUCCACAGUUUUACUUUUGCUCAGAAUAAAAAGUUAAAUUGAAGUGUAAAAAGAAAAGCACUUACCUUGGUGCAAUAUAUGUAGUUUGAUAGUCGUUUUCCCAUGUGGCUGUGGCCUGGCCACCUUUUUUCCACCGGAUCAGCCCUGUACCAUGAAGGGAAUACUAUUUUGUGUUUUCAGCAUCUGUUCAAUCUAUGCAAGCCUUCCCUGUGCCCGAGGGCACCCCCUCAGGCUCCCCGAAGAACUGCUUGAGUUUUCUGCUGACUGUUGAGGCCUUUCUUCAUGACUUCUUGGUCCCUGGCCAUCUUUUUCCUCUCACUGCUACAAAGUGAUGCCUGAGAGGAAGGAACAGGUUGUUCCUAUGGAGUAACCUGGCACCUUCUAGAUUUUGAUAUUUUGUAAUCCCAUCCACGGUCCUUAAUCUUAAAGGCUUUUCCAGAGUCACUGAAAACCAUUGAUAUGUGCAACUGCAACAUCUGCUAGAGUUUAAGGUUUUCCUACACCACCAAUCAGAAAUAUGUUUGGAGAAAUGGUCGUGGUGGUGGGAGGGAAGAGGGGGCAGCAGGAACCAUUGCCAGACUGUUCUCCAGGUCCGUGUUGAGUAUUUUAAGCAAAACGGCACUCCAGCCUUCAUUAAAAGUCCAGUUAACCAGGCUGUAUCAACUUUCUUCCCGUUUUCACCCUCAUUUUGUGUUCAGUUCUCAGGCAUUACAGAAGAGAGCAGCUUAAAUAUAUAUUUCAACCAAAGCAGGAAGAUUUUGUCAGAUCAGAUAUACACAUGGUUCUGCUGUGAUGGACAUCAGAAACCCCAUUCCUUAAUGUUUGGGGGAGUGCCAAGUGGUAACAGAACUGAAAUACACAUAUUUCUGAUUGGUCAGUCAUUGUAACCUGUUUUAUAUGAUUUUUUGGAGAGAGGGACAGGCUCUUUUUUUUUUUUUUUUCCUCAUGCCUUUGGGAAGCUGAUGAUCACUAUUUGGGCAUUUCUCACUGUUACUCCUGUUCAAGAGAGGGCUUCUCAGUCUGCACUAAAAAAAAAAUGCAAACUAAACUGGAUCUUUAUAUCAGUGUGUACAUAGUACAAGCUUUUUUACUAGAAGGAGAACUAAAACCCCACGCUGCCCUUUUGGUGGUGUGUCUGCUGGGCCAAAAAUUGGGUGAUUGUGAGUGUCACUUUCUCAGCUCAAUGCAGUUUCUACUCUUUUCAUAUGGGAAAUUUUUCAUAAAGUCUUUUUUCACCAAAACCCAGGGGUGUUUUAUGCAAUAUCCUUGUUAUCCUUGUAGUGGUGCCAAGUCUGAGGCCUCGCUUGCCCUUCUCCCCUGUGUCCUCAGGCCUCCCUCGGGCACUGUUUGACUCAACAGUCUCUAUCCUUUGUUGUGUUUGGAGAAUAUGGAGGCAGGGGUCGAGAUCUCGGUGGCUGUGCCUGCCCCCUUCAGAAUUCCCUGUUUGGGGAAGGUGGCUGGAAACAGGUUUUUGCUGCAUCUCUGGCUCAGAUCUAGACAGGGAAGGCAAGACCCCCCCCACGAGAAUCUUCUUUUUUGACACACAGUCAUUGGCCGGGAGGUCUUGGUGACAGUUUUUUUAAAAUCCCAAAUGGUUUUAUUUGGAUUAUGUAAAAGCCUAUCUAGUUUCUUUAAGUGUAAAACAUGGGAAUAACGGACUUUCACUGAGCGAUAUGAAAACGUUACAGGUUCAGUACUUCCAAAGGAAGAAACCUCCAAACCCAAAAAAAAAGAGUAAAUAUGAAUUUGUAUUUUUGAAGAAUGUGAAAUAAUGGUGUUUGCUUAAUUGCUCAUUUUGUAUAAACUUAAUAUUGUACUUUAAAUAUCUGCUAAGAAGUGAAAAUUUAACUUUUUGGAAUUGAAAAAGCAAUAUUAAAUACUAAUGAAAUCCUAAUUAAAAGCUUAUUUAAAUCUGGUA